AUGUGUAACACUGUACGCCACUUUAAAUCGCCACUUAAACUACCUUCGCAAGUAAUUCUGUUGCGCAUCAGCAACAUUUACAGCUUGGUGGAACUAUCCAGCUGCAAGCACCAUUUGGUGAAGGUUCCCGACUACGACCACGAGAAAGAAUUAGCCAUGUUCCUGGUUGAGGAAGUUCUGUCACGUCUUCUCGCCAACAUCCAACAUGUAACUAAUGGUGUUGGGCGAAAUAUCACUACCACGGGAGCAUCAUUACAACGUUCAAUUACACUCUUGGAUAAUCUUAACCAAAACGAAUUGCAAGUUAACACUGUAGAUGUAAACGCCCCUCUAAUUCCUGAAUUCCGCCGAGAAACAGCUUUUGUAGCUGUUGGCAUGACUGUGGCUCAAGAGGAAGCAUUUAUAGAACAAGAUUAUGAUAGCGAUAAAACCGUUCUCACAAGUUUCUAUAAUGUUUUGGAUUUUGUUACUGUGCUGUUCUUUUAA